AGCGCUGAUUGGCCGGGGCGAACGCAUUUAUUCCCUGACAAGCCCCCAUCACAUGGAUGGUUGUCUAUUAACUUGUUCAAAAAAGUAUCAGGAGUUGUCAAGGCAGAGAGAGAGAGUGUGUGUGUUUGCAAAAGGGGGUAAAGUAGUUUGCUGGCUCUUUAAGACCGAGGUGGAGAGAGAGAGAGAGGGAGAGAGAGAGAGGGCGGCAGGCAGAGAAAAGGGAAAAAGGAGGAAGAAGUUUUUUAAAUCCGAAGCUCCGGCGGUAAUAAUAGCAGUUAUUAGCAUUAUUAAUCCAUCAGCGAAGAGGAAGAUUCUGAUCUCGAUCCAAGUGUGGUUUUGGGGAGUCCCCCUCCCCCCUUUCAUACCCCUCCCUAGGAAAAAAAAAAAAAAAAAAAGUCCGGCUCGGGACUUCGCCGCCGCCGCUCCGCUUCUCCGCUCCGGGCUGGUUCCAGGCAAAAGUAGUUUGAAUGUACAACAUGAUGGAAACCGAGCUGAAACCUCCCGCCCCCCAGCAAACUUCGGGGGGAGGCACAGGCAACUCCAACUCGGCCGCGAACAACCAGAAGAACAGCCCGGACCGGGUCAAGCGCCCCAUGAACGCCUUCAUGGUUUGGUCCCGCGGGCAGCGGCGGAAAAUGGCCCAGGAGAACCCGAAGAUGCACAACUCGGAGAUCAGCAAACGGCUCGGGGCCGAGUGGAAACUUUUAUCCGAGGCGGAGAAGAGACCCUUCAUUGACGAAGCCAAACGGCUCCGAGCUCUGCACAUGAAGGAGCACCCGGAUUAUAAAUACCGACCCCGGAGGAAAACCAAGACCCUGAUGAAGAAGGAUAAGUACACGUUGCCAGGGGGCUUACUGGCGCCGGGCACCAAUACCAUGACGACCGGGGUAGGGGUUGGGGCCACCUUGGGAGCUGGGGUGAACCAGAGGAUGGACAGUUAUGCGCACAUGAACGGCUGGACCAACGGAGGCUAUGGGAUGAUGCAAGAGCAGCUCGGCUACCCGCAGCACCCGGGCUUGAACGCGCACAACGCGGCGCAGAUGCAGCCCAUGCACCGCUACGACGUGAGCGCCCUGCAGUACAACUCCAUGACCAGCUCGCAGACGUACAUGAACGGAUCGCCUACCUACAGCAUGUCGUACUCCCAGCAAGGGACCCCGGGCAUGGCCCUGGGCUCCAUGGGCUCGGUGGUCAAGACGGAAUCCAGCUCCAGUCCCCCCGUAGUCACCUCCUCGUCUCAUUCGAGGGCUCCUUGCCAAGCCGGGGACCUUCGGGACAUGAUCAGCAUGUAUCUACCAGGUGCUGAAGUACCAGAACCAGCUGCCCCAAGCAGACUUCAUAUGUCCCAACACUACCAGAGUGCACCUGUUCCUGGCACAGCCAUUAAUGGCACACUCCCUCUAUCACAUAUGUAAGACA